AUGGACCGCAUGAUAUACGCUCUGAGAGAGAAGAAGGGAUUCAGCAUAGGGAGCCACAAUAUAAACAUCGUCUGCUAUGCUGAUGAUACGCUUCUUUUGGCGGGUUGUGAGGAUGACCUCCAGAGGCUGCUACAUCUGUUCAAUAUUGCCAGCAAACAACACAACAUGAAGAUAUCCAGUGACAAAACUAAAUGCAUGGUGAUAAGUAAGGAACCUGUUCGAUUCCAACAGCAGGCCACGAAGGCGGCACAGAUAACUGGAUAUCUGAACACAAUGGUGUGGCAGAACAAAUACAUGCUCCAGGAAACAAAGGUGAGGCUUUACAAAGCAAUGGUGCGCCCAAUUAUGACCUACGCCGUAGAAACCCGUGCGGAAACAGAGAGAACCAAACAAAAGCUCAGAACGAUAGAAAUGAGGAUCUUGAGAAGAAUUUCAGGGGUGACAUUGAGGGAUAGACAGACCAACAAGUCAAUAAGACAGAGAACUGGUGUACAGGAUGUUGUCAAGUGGAGUAGACAGAGAAGGAGGGAUUGGAGAGACCACGUUGAUAGGAUGGAGUCAGAUAGAAUAGCAUACAUCUGCAAGAAUGAACAACCCAGAGGAAGAAGAAAGCCGGGUAGACCACCGAAAAGAUGGGCUCAAAGCUGGUUUUCCUCAUCUGCAGAAUAG